CUCCAGAAUUCUCCAGAUCCUCCUCAGCUUCCUGCCUCUGGUGGUCAUCUCAACAGAGCAGGGUCUUCCUCCAUCAGGUCAAGGUGGGGGUAGGGGAAGGAUUGGGAACAGGGACUCCCCUAGGUUCUCAGGUACAGUCAGUCUACCUAAGCCUAUCCAGCAAAGACACUGACCCCUGAAGUAGACGGAAGGGCUUCAGACCCAAAGGCAGGAGGAUUAGGCUUUAGCUCUUGCUCACAGACUGCUGAGACCUGGGGCAAGCCCCUGCCCCUCGUGGGGCCCUCGGUUUUGCAAUCUGCAGAAUAAGGAAAUGGGUUCCUCAAUCUACAAUCAUCCGGCUAUAAUAGUCUUUUACCUUUGUAUACUGCGUGGGUAAAUUCCUGAAACCAAGCUGCUUUCACCCCUGGAUCUCACUUGAUGUUCCCAACAGCCUGUUACCGUUGACAAACGAGAAAGCUUAGGUCCAAGGGAACAAAAUUGCCCAAAGUCGCAUGGCAAGCUGGAGGCAGAGCCUGGGUGCAGUCCUUGAAUCCUGAUCUUUCUCUGGCCCUUUACCCUCUAUGAUGCUGGGACUCUGUGCGACUUCCUCUAACCUAUUGUCCCAUUUGUAAAAGGACUGUAAAGCUGUCCCAUUUGUAAAAGGACUGUUGUGAGGACUGAAUUAGGAGAGGCGAUGAAGAGGGUCAUUCUUUGCAAAUCAUAAAAGAAAGGACCACAGAACGAUGCACUGGGUCGUUAGGUUACUAUUUAUUACUGUUAUCUUCGCUACGGCGCCCCCAAGUGUCGAUCACGAGAAGCUUGGCUUGCGCAGGCGCUCUUUGGUGUUUACGAAGGCCUCGAGGCCCCGCUUUUGCGCGUGCGCUUCUCGCCCGGGACCGCCCAGAGGUUUCCAUGCCGGACGAGGGGCGGCUCUGCUUCGCGCCCUCUGGUGGUUGUCGCCGCUCUGUCACCACGGCUCCCAGGGUCCCUUGUCGGCUCCACUUUCGUUGAGACGUCUCCACAGCCCGACAGCGGCGGCGAUCUGAGGAGAGGCAGGAGGAAACACGGCGCGCCCGGCAUCGUCCUUCUCCGGGGACUCCAGCAUCUCAGUCACCGCUUCACUAAGUCCCAGGUGCAGGUUCUGGCAUCCAUCACGGCAAACUGAAGACCUUGGUGAAUUCCAUCGGAAUGGCGCGCGCAUUGCCACAUGGGAAUUGUAGUUCAUGGAUAACCAUCUCUUAGAGAAGGCUGAGCUGCUGGACAAGUUCUCAAAGAAGCUGCAGCCGGAGCCAAACAGUGUCACUCCCGCCACCCACCAGGGCCCUUGGGAGGAGCCAGGGCCUGACUCAGACCAAGUCCAAUCACUGGCUACUCUGAAGGUGAAGUGGCAGGAGGAGGAGGAGGGGCUCCGGCUGGUCUGUGGUGAGAUGGCCUACCAGGUGGUGGAGAAGAGCGCGGCCCUGGGCACCCUGGAGUCGGAGCUGCAGGAGCGGCGAAGCAGGCUGGCGGCCCUAGAGGCCCGCGUGGUGCAGCUGAGAGAGGCGCGGGUGCAGCAGGCCUGGCAAGUGGAGGAUCAGCGGGUACAGAACGCCGCGCAGCGGCAAGCUUAUGAGGCGCUGCGCGCGCACGCCGGGCUCCAGGAGGCGGCACUGCGCAGGCUCCAGGAGGAGGCGCGCGACCUGCUGGAGAGGCUUGUGCAGCGCAAGGCCAGCGCCGCGGCUGAGCGCAACUUGCGCAACGAGCGCCGGGAGCGGGCCAAGCAGGCGCGGGUGUCCCAGGAGCUGAAGAAGGCUGCCAAGCGGACCGUGAGCAUCAGCGAGAGCCCGGACACCCUAGGCGAUGUGAUAAGGGAGAGAACUGAGACUCUGGCCCUGGCCCUGGCCCUGGCCCCUGAGCCAGAGCCCCUGGAGAGUAAGGCUUGUGAGAAGUGGAAGAGGCCCUUCAGGUCUGCCUCAGCCACCUCUCUGACGCUGUCCCGCUGUGUGGAUGUGGUGAAGGGGCUUCUGGAUUUUAAGAAGAGGAGAGGUCACUCAAUUGGGGGAGCCCCUGAGCAACGAUACCAGAGCAUCCCUAUAUGUGUGGCUGCCCGACUUCCUGCCCAGGCUCAGGAUGUGCUGGACGCUCACCUCUCUGAGGUCAAUGCUGUUCGUUUUGGCCCCAACAGCAACCUCCUGGCCACUGGAGGGGCUGACCGCCUGAUCCACCUCUGGAAUGUUGUUGGAAGUCGCCUAGAGGCCAACCAGACCCUGGAGGGAGCUGGUGGCAGCAUCACCAGUGUGGACUUUGACCCCUCGGGCUACCAGGUUUUAGCAGCAACUUACAACCAGGCUGCCCAGCUCUGGAAGGUGGGGGAGGCACAGUCCAAGGAAACACUGUCUGGACACAAGGAUAAGGUGACAGCUGCCAAAUUUAAGCUAACGAGACACCAGGCAGUGACUGGGAGCCGUGACCGGACAGUGAAGGAGUGGGACCUCGGCCGCGCCUACUGCUCCAGGACCAUCAAUGUCCUUUCCUACUGUAAUGACGUGGUGUGUGGGGACCAUAUCAUCAUUAGUGGCCACAAUGACCAGAAGAUCCGGUUCUGGGACAGCAGGGGACCACACUGCACUCAGGUUAUCCCUGUGCAGGGCCGGGUCACCUCUUUGAGCCUCAGCCACGACCAGCUACACCUGCUCAGCUGUUCCCGAGACGACACACUCAAGGUCAUUGACCUGCGUGUCAGCAACAUCCGCCAGGUGUUCAGGGCUGAUGGCUUCAAGUGUGGUUCUGACUGGACCAAAGCCGUGUUCAGCCCAGACAGAAGCUAUGCACUGGCAGGCUCCUGCGAUGGGGCCCUUUACAUCUGGGAUGUGGAUACCGGGAAACUGGAGAGCAGACUUCAGGGACCCCACUGUUUUGCAGGCACUGGCAACCAAGGAUCAGUGAGGGUAAAGCAGAGACUGCAGCCCACUUUUGUGUGGAUCCAUAGACUGCUUGGGAGCAAUUUUCUUUAAACAUCAUUUAAUUCAACUGUUUCUCCUCUCAUGUACCUGAAUCUCUCUCAUCCAUGGGGUGUCACCAUUUUCUGAGGCUGAAAGUUCUUCCACUAGCACCGAUGGAAAAACUCCAAUCCGCCCACUGAAUUCCCCUUCCCAGAAGCCAUCGUCAUCUUGGUUUUCUUUGUUCAAGAUACGGAUUAUUGCUCCCUCAGGAAAAGAUAACUCAUCAUCUGUCUGGCCCUCGUAUUCAUAAAGUGCUUUCACAAAACAGACUAGGGAGCAAGAGAAAGACAAAUCUGGUAAGAUAAUUGACAGCUGGUUGCUUCUGCAACCACCCCUAUGCUCACAUGACAACUAAAAGAGCAUCGUACAGAAUAGGAUUAAAGUUGUAAUAUUUUUACUCAAUGAUGAUCAACUUUAGGGUUCUACUAUACAGGACAAAUGUGACCAAAUAAAGGGAAGCAUAUUAUAGGAUAGGAGCAAAAUUGUGCAUUUAGGUCAAAUGUGACCAAAUAAAGAGUGCCUUGUUUCAGUCUUUACCACUGGCAUCUCCGUUGAGGCUGCCUGAAACGAGUUCUGCUUCUGUGGAAUUGCUGGACGUGUGUGACCGACUGUCCAAAGCGGCCAGAGACUGCAGCAUGCUCAGGAGGCUGUUCGAGGUGGGAAACUGUAGGUACUUUUCUGGCACAUAACCCACUUGGCCAACUUUAUUUCGAGCCUGGGUAAAAGACAUGUGACAAAACAAGUUUACACACACAAUUCAGGCAGGGCACAACAAAGACCAAAACAAACUCCUGAAAAUGUCACAAGAAGGGGCGAUAUGAGCAAAGGAAUAUACCUUUACCCAGUCUUCCAUAUCUCCAUCUUCAAUCACUUCUAACACCUCAUGUUCCUCAAUGGUCAACUCAUCUGGUUGAGAAGCCUGCAAUGUAGGAUGGUCAUGGACAAAAUUAAAAAGGUUAGAUAAGGAGCAGAUGUGAGCUGAUCAUGACAAAAACUGGGGAUCAAAAUAUUGAAAUGAUUUUGAGAAACAUGUUGAACAUAAAAAUUUAAAUGCUGUAAAACUAUCAUAAUGAAGUGAAGUUUUACUUUAAAAAACUAAACAAAUAAAACCAUAACAAAAACUGAAGGAACUGAAUCCUCAUGAGGCAAUGAGUUUCAAUGAACAGAACAUGUGAGCCUGGGCAACACAGCGAGAUCCCAUCUCUACUUACGAAAUAAACAAACAAACAAACAAACAAACAAAUAAAUAAAUAAAUAAAAUUAGUCAGGCAUAGUGGAACGUGCCUGUAGCCCCAGCUACUACUCGGGAAGCUGAGGUGGGAGGAUCGCUUGAGCCUGGGAGGUUGAGGCUGCAGUGAGCCAUGAGCAUGCCACUGCACUCCAGCCUGGGCAACAGAGCGAUACACUGUCUCUGAACAAAGAAAGAAAGAAGAGCACUUCCUGGAAGCAGAGGAUCCGGGUUCCAACUCCAGCUUCUGUAUCAAGCUUUCAACUUGAUGCAUCCAUUUCUUUAAAAUGACAAUCCUGCCAUUCUCUGGAUGAUGUGAGAGUCAAUGUGGGAUGAAGAAGCAUAGAAUUGUGAUGAUUUGGGAAGCAAAGGCAAAGGAGAAGGCACUGAAUUGGAACUGCUACCAGAGGGCUGCCAUGGACAAGCAUGCAGUGAAAAUGCAAAGAACUAUGUACAUGAAUUUGAUGAUUGUGGGUGCAGUGCCUAGAAUUGAUCUGGAAUCACUAUAAAGCAGUGGUCAAAAGAAGAAAAUUGUAGGAAAGGAAAUGAUUGAGAUCAGUCAUGGUUUGGAUUUUUUAUGCUCCAACUUAACUGUGGAGACUGGGCUGAUCUACUUGCGUUCUACUGCACAAGCUGCUAACUGUAAUGGUUUCAUUAUCCCUGACAGCAGCAGUCCACCAGCAUCAGCCACCCACAUGUUGCCCUUGAGAUGCCAAAUCUGUGAGAAAACUGAAGCUCCACAGAGGGGCUGGAAAUCCAUGUGGCUUUGCUUCCUAAGAGCCUUCCCUGUCAUGUGUGAUAGGCAGGGGCUGCUGGCUUCUGGCUCUCUAGAAAACAGUAUUAAAAGCUUUCCCCAAGACCCAAGAUCAGUUAAAACCAUCAUCUAAGACCAUAAAGCUUUUCAAAUCUCACAAUCUCAAAGUGUAAAAUUAACUCUAAGUUACACAAACAAAAUAAGGCAAAAAAAGGGGUCAUUUUCACGAUUCACUUUUCAUUUCAUGAACAUUAAAGUAUUUCAUCAAAACCCAGAUUCUGAAUGUCAUCAUUAGCUCCCUGAGACAGAAAAAUAAUAUUGAGGAUGGCUAACCAGUCACAGAAUACACCAAGGCCAGAUUUUAAAUUAUUUCUUAUCUCAAAAUAUGAGGAAAAAGCCCUCUCCUUUACUCUUGAUAGCUUUUCCAGUGGAAUUGCUUCACUACUCUGAAACCAUACUAUGCCUUGAAUAUGACAGCAAAAGGCACUUUUGUAAUAAAAAUGUUUUCCAUGGCAAGACCUAAAAAGUAUCAACACAACCAGACAUUAAUGUGUGUGACAGCAAACCAGGGGAGGUAAUAUACUUUUAAAUAUACUGCUGCCCUUAUAAAAAGCUAUGGAGAGGCUGCAUGAGGUGGCUCAUGCCUGUAAUCCAAGCAUUUGGGAGGGUGAGGUGGGUGGAUCACUUGAUGCCAGGAGUUCGAGACUAGCCUGGGCAACAUAGAGAAACCCUGUCUCUAUGAAAAAUGCAAAAAAUUAGCUGGUGUGGUGGUGUGUGCCUGUAAUCCCAGCUUCUAGGCUGAGGCUGAGGUGGGAAGAUCACUUGAACAGGGAGGCAGAGGUUGGAGUGAACCAAGAUCAUGCCAAUGUACUCCAGCUUGGGCAAUGGAGUGAGACCCUGUCUCCAAAAAAAAAAAAAAAGGCAUGGAGAUCCAUGCAUGUUUUUCAACACUGCAGUGCUAGUUGUCCAAUGUAAGCAGAUACUAGCUUGAUCAUCCCAUCCUAAUGCAGUGAUAAUCAAUUCUUUCACCUUACAAGGUCAAGUCCGUUGCAUGGCAAUCAAGACCCUGCAGAGUUUGGUCUCUGUGGGCCUCCUGACGCUUUGGCCCCUGCACACACUCCUGUUCUCUGAGCAUACCAUGUUCUUCUUUGCCUCCAUGCUUUUAGGUGUUCUGUCCAGCAGGCUCCGUUCCCUCUUUCCUAACUGAUGAAUGGACUUAGAUUACUGUGGGUUUAAGUCCAGCUUCAGUAUGUUUUUAUGGGCAAGUGACCUAAGAUGUUUUUGAACCUCAGUUUUCUUUUUUCCUACUAGAAUAUAAGCUCUAUGAGGGCAGAGAUUUUUGUCUCUUUUGAUCAGUGCUACAUCCCAGAGCCUAGAAAAGCCCACAACACUGAUACAUGGGAGGUGCUCAAGCACUAUUUGUUGAAUGAAUGGGGUGUUUGAUAGUAUCUUCCUCAUAGGGUUAUUGAAGAGAUUACAAAUAAAUAAAUAAAUAGUAGUUACGAUUAAUUUUGAUUUGAGACCGAGUGUAUGUUUUCCCAGACUACCCAUGAUGAGUAAGUUGCUCCUCCUCUUGUUCUUAAAAGGCUCUGAGCGUACCAGUAACACUGACUACCAUGAUGCUCUAGUGAGCUUGUCCAUGUGAGCUUCCUAGUAGAAACACUUAAUUAGAUAGGGACAUACUUCUUCUCACUUACCCCAACUAAAGACAGUAAGUGAGCAGUAAAUUGUUAUUAAAUACACACAUGCUCUUAUACUGUCUCAAGUCCUAGUAUCCAGUGACAACCAGAGUUGACAAUCUCUCUCCAAAUUUCCUGUAUUUCUUUUAAAACAAUAUGCUUUUCCUGAUUAUAUCAUACACGUUCAUUGUAGAAAGGCUGGAAAAUAUGCAUAAUUGAGAUAUCAUUGUACAUACAAUUUGGUAUCCUACCUUUUAAUUUGGUAUUAGGACAUAAGGGUUUCUUCUUAUAUAGAAAAACUCUUUCUUUUUUUUUUUUUGAGACAGAGUUUCACUUUUGUUGCCCAGGCUGGAGUGCAAUGGCGUGAUCUCCAGUCACCACAACCUCUGCCUCCCAGGUUCAAGCGAUUCUCCUGCCUCAGCCUCUCGAAUAGCUGGGAUUACAGGCAUGUGCCACUACACCCAGGUAAUUUUUGUAUUUUUAGUAGAGACAGGGUUUCUCAAUGUUAGUCAGGCUGUUCUCAAACUCCUGACCUCAGGUGAUCCACCCAGCCUGGUGGAAACACUCUAAUAUAAAUUUCAAUAAUCUUCAUAAUAUUAUAUGUUAUGGCUAGAGUAUAUGAAUGUCUAGUUUAAUUAUUCUCAUUGGACUGCCAAAUUUAAUCUUUUUUAAUUUAUUUUUUAGAGGCAAGGUCUCACUCUGUCACCCAGGCUGGAGUGCAAUGGUGUAAUCAUGGCUCACUGCAGUCUCGAUCUGGGCGCCAGUGAUCCUCCUGCCUCAGCCUCCUGAACAGCUAGGACUAUAGGCAUGUGCCACCAUGCCCAGCUACUUAAAAAAUUUUUUUUGUAGAGACCAGGUUUUGCUUUGUUGCCCAGGCUGGUCUUAAACUCCUGGCUUCAAGUGAUCUUCCUACUUUGGCCUCCCAAAAUGUUGAGAUUACAGGCAUGAGCCACCACACCCAGUCAUGAGCUCUAUUAUCCUCAUUGAUGUCUCUAUCAGAAUGAAGGCAAGGGAAAGAUUCAUUCGUUCAUGCCUUCUUUCUAUCAUUCAAGUAUUCAUUCCACAAUUAUUUACUGAUGACCUACUACGUGCUCGGCAUCGUCUUAGGGGCUGAAGACACACAGACAAGGUAAACAUACAGAGACAAAAUUUCUCCCUUCAUGGACCUUUAGUGGAGAGUCAGACAAAGAAAUAUGAAAACUAAGAUUAAGUUUGGCUGGGCAGAAGUGCCAUAUAUUAUAAAGCAGUACUAUAUGAAAGGACAUUUUUGUAUCCAAAAUAUUUUUCUAUAUUAUGAUUUAUUUCCUUAGGAUGGAUGCUAAUAGGGUCAAAAGUUAAUAACAUUCUUAAGGCUUCUGACUCUAACCUUUUUUUUUGAGAUAGAGUCUUGCUCUGUCACCCAGGCUGGAGUGCGAUGGUGCGAUCUUGGCUAGCUGCAACCUCUCGGGUUCAAGCGAUUCUCCUGUCUCAGCCUCCCUAGUAGCUGAGAUUACAGGUGCAAACCACCAGACCCACCUAGUUUUUGUAUUUUUAGUAGAGACAGGGUUUCACUGUGUUGGUCAGGCCAGUCCCAAACUCCUAACCUCAGUGAUCUACCUGCCUUGGUCUCCCAAAGUGCUGGGAUUACAAGUGUAAGCCACUGUGCCUGGCCAACCUAUCCAUUAAAUAUAGCUUUCUUUGUUCUCACCAGAUUAUUCGAGGCCUCCUUUUUGAUCUGGACUAUAUGAAUUAUGAUUAAAGUCAGUCCUUCUCUAUUCUAAUCUAUCCUCUAGAAUAUCUAUUCCAUGACCAGGUUGCCUUCUUACAAGUCCAAUCUGAUUUCAGGCCAUCUAAGGAUCUUCCCAGCCAAGAUAAAAACCAAACCUCUAAGUCUGGUACAUGAGGCCCUUUACUAUCUGAUAACAAACACCUUUACGCACAGCUCUUCUGUUCUCCCGAGGAUGCUCCACCGAAUUUAACAAUUCCUGAACACCCCACACUCUCAUCACAUUCUGUCUCUAUACCUGCCGUUCUCUUUGCUUGGAAGGCUCUUUCCCUACCUUCUCACUGCAUCUAGAAAGGUCUUAAAUCUCAUAACCCAAUUUAGAUGCCAUCUCAUAAAAUCUCUCCCAAUGAUCACAGGUAGAGUUAGUGGCUCUACCUUUACUAUAAAUCUUUUCACACUUGUUCUGUUUUUCCAGUUUAAUAUUUAUCCCUUCCUAGACUGUCCAUUCCUAGAGGGGAGAGAUAAAGUCACAUUCAUUCUGGUAUCCCCCAAAUAUAUAACAUAUUGGGCACUCUAUAUGUUUAUUCAAUGAUUAACUGACUAAAUAGAUGUUCAUAGUCUAAUGCAGGGAAGUGCCUGGGAUAUGCCAACAGAGAGAAUGUUGAAUGAAUGUCAACAGUUUAAAAUCACUUGGACACUUAGGAAUCUCUCUAUUUAAGGACCUUAAAUUUUAGUUCUGGGAUAUUCAGGUAAAUAUAAUAAUGGGAGGUGGUAUCAGGAAACAAUUCCAAUGCGAGUUUUAUUAUAUUCUGUAAUACCUUUCCAAGUAUCUGAGAUGAUUUUAAAUUUUCAAAAGAUUAUCAAAACAAUUUACAUUGGGAAAAAAAUGCUAACACUUUCAAUGAACAGGAAGUAUUAUGAAUUUAAAUAUAAAAUGAAAGGAUGUUAAAUUCAAAACAAAUCUGGGAAUCACUGAUAUUGAGGAGUGAAUACUGCCACCUUUUGGCUACAUGGGGAUGUGGCAGUAGGAGUGAAUCUGUCCAGUGCAUGACAGGUGGAUUCUCUCCAGACCUUCCCUUUCUGAUAGCCUUCCGCAUUGCCCCUUCUCAUGCAUGCCUCCACUAGAACAGGGGCAAGAGAAGAUUCAUGCAUUCACGCCUCUCUUCCAAUAUUCAUGUAUUCAUCCCACAAUUAUUUACUGAUGACCCACUACAGCUGGCCAUCAUCCAGGGCAAGAGAAGAUUCAUGCAUUCACGAGUCUCUUCCAAUAUUCAUGUAUUCAUCCCACAAUUAUUUACUGAUGACCCACUACAGCUGGCCAUCAUCCUUGGGGCUGAAGACCUGGAGACAAGGUACACAUACACAGACAAAAUUUUUGCCUUCAUGGACCUUUCGUGGAAUGUCAAAGAAAUAUGAAAAUAAACAAGAGUAAGUUUGGCUGGGCAGAAGUGCUAUAUAAUAAAUAAAAGAGGCAAUGGGAUAACGA